CCAUCACCUUUAUAGACUGUCCUCGUGUGCUACAAUUGCAGACAUGGACAAUGCAGACGGACACCCUGUGGAGGACACUGCUCCUGCGGCUGUAUUUCACACCAAUGGCAUCAUUAGAGAAAUCAUACCACUUGAUAGGGUGGUAGGUGACUUUGAAUUCGUGUCCGUACCGUCCGCUACUUCUGGAACCAUGGAGCCGGAGGAAUUUGACCCAUUGUCAGUCACAUCGAGUAGUGAGCCAGUAGUUCCGACCAAAAAGAUGAAGAUGUCUCAAACAUUCGUACUAGGUCCAGGUGGCGUGUUAAGAAACAUGCAUCCAUCGGAUCCAUCAAUGCAGCGCCAAGUUCUAAUCCCAGCAGGUUCAUUGCUCAGACUGGUCCCCCCUACAAGCUCCCAACCCCCUAAUGCGAGUACAGGGGUGAAGAAAGAAGCAGAAGAAGGCUCUUUAGAUGAGUCGGGUCUGAAGGUGAAGCUGCAGAGGCUGCCGAGGAAGACUGCUAAUACAAACGAGUGCUGGCACUGCAACACCAAGGUGGCCAACCUGGUGCGACAUUUGGAAAAUGAGGAGUGCUUCACGCCGAUAGUCAAGUGUUCUUACUGCCAGCGCAUCUUCACCAGCGAGCACAAGUAUGACGAUCACUUCGAAAACUGCAGUGAGAAGCGCAUCUUUUGUGAAGUCUGUAACAAGACCUUCCUGUCAGGCUUCCUCUUCACAUACCAUUGGUACCACACACACACCGAGCAGAUCCCAAAGGACUCUGGAAACUGCCAGCAUUGCAACGGCUGGUGCCAGAUGUUGGUGGGGGUGAAGAAACCCCGAUGUGCCAUCUGUAGUUCAACCUACUCUUCCCGUGCCGGCCUAAUGCGCCAUGUGUACGAAAGCCACCUCAAAACAGACUUCCUGAUCGCCCGGAUCUUCAGGAAGCGGCUCACGUGCCAGUUGUGCUUCAACAACUUUGGCACAGUGGCCGAAAUGAUCAACCACUACCUUCGCAUGGACUGCAACUUCAGGAGGUGCGAGAUCUGCUCGGCCGUGUUUAAAGACCAGACGAAACUCGUGCAACACGUCUACAUGUGUCACAACAACUCUUCAGUGGUGCGCGAGCCUGGAAACUACCACGAGUGUAAGAAUUGCAACCCUCAGCCUGUUGCGUGCACAACUCAAAUUAUUACUGUCAAGGCAGAAAAGACGAACUUGGAUUGAUUCCUGCCAGCUUGCCUUCUUGUGGUUUUGGUUAGUUAUCGUCUUUCAUUUGAUUUUAGUGCUACUUUUUACAUGCGUCUGAUGAUUUUCUAAGACAUGCAUGCUUAAUUUUUAGACAUCUGAGAAUGAGCCUUAAUUUAAAUCGUUUUAGGAGCUAAUUACCGUACAAAUUGCUUCUAAAGCCUGACAAACACAGCUGUUGAAUUGUCUGUAAAGGCAAUCUCCCUUCUCUGCAAUGCUUUGAAUAAAUUUGCCAGAAUUUUUCCAGUCAUAUAACCGUCUUGAUUCUCGCAAUAUGUCUGUGAGUGCUGCUGGCCCAAAGAAUAUUCAGUUAACUUUUCGAGCCAAAAUUUUGCAAAUUAUGUAAAAAGAAAUUAUUGGUGUGUGUCUUAAAAAUAUUCCAAAUUGUAAUGUUAAUCUACCUCCAAAAUUUUUGCGAUGGUGAUAUAUUUUGUUUUUAAAUAUUCCAUGUCAAAGUUCAAAACCCAAAUUCCAGAUUCUGGUCAAAAAUUGAAAAAUCAUGUGCAUUCGAGAUUUCGGCUUCUGCUAGUCAGAUAUUAAAAAAACUGCGUACCCUUUAACUGGUCAUGAUGCCCCUGACGAGCCAAAAAGGUUCCAGGGUGCUAGCUUCCAGCUUUUUUCAUAUCCUUUCGUCUUUUAGAAAUUAAUAUGCAAAAAGCUCUGGAAAAAUUGAAAAAAAUAAAGCUCAAAUAAGUAAUGUAAAAAUCAGAAUUUUUUUUUUAAAUGAGUGAAUAUGUUGAUUCUAAUUUACCUAUUGUUGUAAAAACGAUUCCCUUUUUUUAUUUAAAAAUUUUUCACCAUGACCAUUAAAACUACCUACAUGGUUUUAACUUUUAUAUCUAUACUUCUAUUUUGCACUAAAUAUCAAUAGUUCAAUAUUUAAAAUUAAAAAAUUCAAAUUCACAGCUCUGUUGAUAAAAUUGAAAAUUUGCCAUUUGGCCCUCAUCAUUGUAAUUUCUUUUUAAUAGAAGAAAAGAAGGCAUCAUUCCACGUUGUAAUUCUGUUCACAGACAAAAGUGAUUUUGAAUGCGUUCUUGACAUUUUCAACUUGUAUGAAACGCUGUGCGCUCUUUUCUUGUCAUCAAAAUCCUGUUUUUAUUUGUAUUUUUAAGAAAUAAUAAAUUACAAGCACAGUGUGUUAAUGAUGAUAACA